CAAACCCACCACAUACAUACAUACAUACCUACCUACACCACCCACCAAACACCUCCCCAAUCCCAAAGAAGGAAAGAAGAAGAAAAAAGAAAUCAAAAUGUCCACAGCCGCGAAAACAACCACAACCUACCGCGCCCUCCUCCGCGAACUCCCCCGCCGGACCCUCUCCACUCCUACUCCUCUCCAACACCGCCUCCGCGACAUGUACAUCAGCAACAACAACAACCAACAGGGUGUUGUGGACGCAGACGCACAAGAAUCCCUCCGCCAACAUCGUCUCGAUCAGGCAAACCAGUUCGCUAUCUACGCUAAAGCCCAGCGCGUGUAUGCCGAGCUCGUCGAGAGAUAUAACCCCGGUACUACCCUCGAUGAGGAGGAGAGGAUUCGGUUGACGGCUAGACGGGUCGGGUGGGAUUUGCCUGUUGAGGCGGGGAAGGAGAGGGAUGAAUAAAUAAAUACAGAGACUUAUGGGUUUGGG